CUCAGUAGGCGUAGCUUUUGCUUUCCUACCAGCCAAUCAGUGGCCUAGCUUACGCCCCUUUCGCAUUCUGCAGUUGAGUCUGUCAAAGCUUUUUUGUUCCAAAGUUUUUAUUGCAGUUCAACCCCUUGACCACCAUCCAAACCUACCAGAGUGUGACAAGAACACUAUGCAGUCUCCAGUGAGCUCACUCCUGAGCCCUGACGACUGUUCUAGUCUCUGAGAAGUAUUUUUCUGAAUCUCAAAGCAGCAUCCAGGUACAGACUGUUUAAAAGCAACACAGAAGCCUCUGACUAAGCCUAGUGUAACUGUCAGUGAGGGAUCACCCUCCUCCCUUCAACCUUUUGAAUCACUGGGAAGGAAAGACAAUCUCCAAAUGACAGAGUGGGCUGUGGACACGAGCAAAACAAAGAACUUGCAGUUGACUAAACAGGCAACAGAAGGAGAAAUAGCAUACACGAUCUUCCAGCUGUGGUUACAGUUUGCUGUUUGAUUUUAAGAGGAAGUAUAAGACAGCAAGUCCGACUUUGGAGGUGAAGAAACAUUUUCUGUUGUACCAUCAAAGGGUGAACUUUAUCUCUGUUUGGAGGGAUUUCUUAGGAGAUCUGGGUGGACUUUCCUAGCAAAAAAAGGAAUACAAGCUCAAAAAUCCUCCACUCACAUCUGUUUAAAAAUGGCUAAUUCUGGAUUCCAGCUCCUGGGGUACUUCUUAGCACUUGGGGGAUGGAUUGGCAUCAUCUCAACCACAGCCCUGCCACAAUGGAAGCAAUCAUCUUACGCCGGGGAUGCCAUUAUUACAGCAGUUGGGCUAUAUGAAGGCCUUUGGAUGUCCUGUGCUUCCCAGAGCACUGGCCAGGUGCAGUGCAAGGUCUUCGAUUCAAUGUUGUCAUUAGAUGUGCAUAUCCAGACAUGCCGGGCUUUGAUGGUAGUUUCUGUUCUGAUGGGGUUCAUUGCCAUCAUUGUCAGUGUGGUGGGAAUGAAGUGCACCAGAGUUGGAGACAACAACCCGCUGACCAAGAGCCGCAUCGCCGUCUCUGGUGGAGUUCUUUUCCUGCUUGCCGGGCUGUGUACACUGGUGUCUGUGUCCUGGUAUGCUACCCAAGUGUCCCAUCAGUUUUUUAAUCCCAACACACCUGUAAACGCCAGGUAUGAAUUUGGUUCUGCGCUUUUUGUUGGCUGGGCAGCAGCCAGCCUGACCAUGUUAGGGGGGUCCUUCCUGUGCUGCUCUUGUCCUAAUGAGGAAAGAAGAGGGCAGCAGUAUUACCGACAAUCACAGCCCUCUACAGCCAGGGAGGCUGAAUUGUUGAGUGAAACUAGUUUCCCUGACUGACCACCCCUGCCUUUAUUCGAAGAUUAUCCAAGUUCUACUCACUGUUUCCUUUUCCUUGAUCCCACUUAGCUUCAAAAUUUGGACCCAUACUACACUUUUUUUAGUAUAUGCGAUACAGUAUAAAUAUAUAUAAUUUAUAAGCAGCUGGUUUUAAAGUUCAAAUUAAAAUUCCCGCUUCCCCUCAUCCUCAAGAUUGCAACUUCCGUCAUUUAUUCACCUCUCUGUAAACCUGUUGGAAGAGGCAUGUUAACUGAAUAUAUUGAUUUACUGUAUACAUUGUGUAGACCUAACUCCAAAAAUUGUCAUUACAAUGUGUAAGAAUUAUGUAAUGAUUUUAUUUCUAGCAUUGCGAUUCCUACAGUGUGAAUGAUUAAAUCAGUAUUGCCUUUUGUUUUAUGAUUUUCUGAAAAUAUAAUUGUGCAUUUACUUAAACAUGUUUUUUUUCUCUUUUUUUAAAUUGCAGACCAAAUGUAAAAAGUUCUCCACCAGACAAAGGAGAGCAGUACUUGUAGUUGGGGAAAGUGGGCAACUGUUGGUCACAUGCUGUUUAGACUUUGCAACAAACAAGACACUCCCUCAAAAAAAACAUUAAGUAUUAUAUCCAUAGGCCCAAUGAAAUGGACUAUAUUCUUGAAAUAAAUUAGUUUUUUUUCUUAUAUAUUUACCCUAAGUUUUUAGAUGACUUUGCCUUACAACUAAAAUGAUAUAUUAUAAUAAAAUACUUUAAGUACAAAGUAGACAAGUAAUCAUGUGCUUGUAUAUAUAAAAAUACAAUAUUCAUAACAGCAGCAUAGUUAAAUUAAUUUUUCUAAUUUUUGUCACCAUAUUUUUCAGAUGAAAUUAUUUUUGUCAUUAUAGUGGCAGGUUUGCACUAUAUGCACUAUAGUUAGCAGGUUUGAUACAUCUAUUUAAGGUAAGUCACAAUAAAUAUGAACAUUCAAUUAAAAUACAUUAAAAGUAAAUCUGAUUAAUAAAACAUUGACACUUGUAAAAUUACAUUUUGGUUGCUCAAGUCUAAAAAUAUGUGUAAGAUGUUGAAAUCAGCAAAUAGAAACUAUGUUGGGAAAGUGCAGUGGACUUGAUGUUAUUUGAAGUCCACCACUGAAGAGCUAGGUAGGACAUUCCCCAAGGAGCAUGUGUACAAAGCACUCCAAAAAUAUCCCGCUAGAAUGAGAAUAGCUAUUCAUCAGAAAAAACAUACAUCACUUUAACAUUACAAGAGCAAUAAUACUAGAAAGAAGUUAAUAAUUAAAAUGUUGAUAUUUUAAAAUGUUACAUUUAAUCAGUCAUUGUCUAUUUAGAAAUGUUCGGUGAACAUAAUUCUUGUUCUGAAAAAAAAAGAUUGAUUCUUCCUUAUACUGUAUUGUCCAUAAACUUGACAUGAACUCACAUAUCAUUUUUGCUAAUUCAUGGCUACAUGUAUAAUUCACUUUUGUUUUCAUGUAUAAUUCACUUGUGCAGUUAAAAUAGCAGUUUUAUACAAACAUUAUACGAUGCUUUUAACGUGUGUCAUUUCUAAGAUAUGAUUCAUAUGAUGUUGUGAGCUUAUUUUUCACCUGGAUAUACAUAUGUAAUACUAAAACAUUAUUAUUAUAUACUCUGUUUUAUAUACUGCUUUUUUCCAGAAGAAAAGGUAACCAAGAUUUUCAUGAAACAAAAUAGUUUUGCAUUGUCCCAAGUUCAAUUGAAUUUCUGUUGGAUGUGUUGAAACAUGUUAACAUGUAACAAGCUGAAAAAAACAGAAGAUAGUUAAUAAAAGAGUUAUUAAUAUUAUAA